AUGACAACUACUCUUGCCACCUCGAACAUGCGAACAUCUCUGAGACAGACUCGUACCAACCCAACUCGAACCUCCAAAACUGUCGGCUCUUCCUUGCGCCAGAACUCGCUCAUCAGCAAUCCCCCUGCUGCGCCGCCGCCCAACGUGCAGGAACAUGGCUUCUAUCCUGCUAUCACUCAUUUCACAGAUGCCAUCACUGCUCUGCCUCGAGAGUUCCGACGACACACAUCCUUAUUAAAAGAGGUUGAUGCGAAAGCUUGGGCUCCAGAGGCGCAUCUCCAAACCCUCCUCGCAGCCUGCGUUACGUCAACCCCGCCGGACAGCCACCUAGACGACAUGCAAUUGAGUACGCAUUCUAACGUAGCGAUUCGUAACCGGGGUAUACAAUCAGCCAAUACCGAUGGUACUCUGAAUUCAAUGAUGGAUAAUACCUCCAGAGCUUCAACCCAUAGCCAUCACGACCAGCAAUCAUUCGAACACAGAAGAAUAUUCUACCAUUUACGUACCACCUUGACCGAGAUGAUGGUAUCGAUGGACGAAAAGAAUCAUCUGAUCAACAGUGCGAAUGAAGACCUCUCCAGACAUCUCAAUCGUCUUCACACCAUUUACCCUCACAUCGCGGACGAAAUAUCGGAGGAAGCAAGAUUAGGGAGCUUGACGCAUUGGGCAUACAUUGAGGAUAAGCCACCUACCAGAACCAAUGCGGCGGGCUCUAGAAAGGAAGCAGCUGCUGGAUUGGCUGCGAUGCAUGACACCGACAUUGCUAGCCGGAGCGAAAGUCGGAGGGAGGCCAUGCUUGCUCGGAAGCAAAAGCCGACCCAGGUUGACUCGGACUUCGACGAUCAAAGACCGAUGAAGCGAGCAAACGCGAAUGGCAAGUCCAGAAGAGCCGGAGAAACCGCAGCAGAGUCUGUGCCUGGUCUUGGAAUAUCUGGUGCAGCUCCCGCUGUGAAGAGAAAAAGAGCAGAGAAGCCAGUGGGCGGUGCAGCAAUGGAGAGAUCGCUCAGCGGCGUCCUGGGUGGAAGAGCUAUGUCUCGCGAACCUUCGCAGCAAGAAGGGACCAAGAAAAGAAAGGCGGCAACAGCUGCCACCACUGCCGCGAGGAAAAGGAUCAACACAGCCAACUCGGCGACAAACUCACCGAAACUUGCUUCUUCACCACUUGUCGGCUCGUUUGGCAAAGAUGCGCACAAGAAUAGUCCCAUACCUGGCACCGUUCGACCACAAUCCACUCGCGCUCGACAAAAUUCAACCCAAGGCCGGCCUCCUUCGUCUGCCUCGAAUAGGAACAAUGGAAAUGGUGCCAGAAGAGCGACGGCAAGCACACCCGAGCUUCAUAACGUGUCAGCCGUGACUGGAAAAUCAAGCGACGAGAUCAGGAAUACUAUGAAGGAGUCCGUCAACAACAAAGGGCAGAAAAUCAUGGAGGAAGAACUGGGUAUGUUGGCGAACGGCACAAACGGUCUGAGAGGUGGCAUUUUACUCGAGAGAAGGGGCAGUAAAGGUGGUGCAAGUAAUUACAAGAGGGAAGAAGCAUGCGCCUCCGAGGACAACACGUCGUUGUCGAAAACCAAAUCCGCGGCAUCACCACUGGUACCGCCCCAGACCAUGCCCAAUACAAAUGUCCACUCUACCACUACCACGACGUCGCACCGACCAGAACGGGAGCGCGAACAACGCCCUUCCCGCGCGCGAUCUUCCAAAACUUCCACCCCGAUCGUCAACACAUUUGCCGAAUCCGACGCUGGCACACGCGAGAACCACAGAACAGACGCGAAGUUCAAGCGACCUGCAUCCUCUUCUUCGAAGUCUGCUCGCAAUAAAGAUCCGUUACACGACUCUCUAUCACCAAGCGGCCUGCCACCCAAACGCUCACAUAAGAAAGGUGCGGGACUGGCCGCUCAAGCCGCAGCGUUACAAGCCAAACUCGCAAGACAGAAUAGCAACAAAGCCGAGUCCAAUUUGACGGAUGAUCAUGACCACAAUAGCCUCGACAAUAAUAAUAAUGCUAACUACGCAAUCUCGAACCUCAAAUCAACCUCCUCCCCUACCUUUGCCUCCGCAACAAACAAUCUCAACCACGUUUCUUCCACCAUCACUACCACCACCACCGCCAACAACUGCAACAAGGUGAAAACGCCCUCCCCCCCUCUCGACUCAGCCAUCGAAAGCCUCGACAUCGAGGUGGAGGAAAAGAUUCUCGUCGAAGAAGGAGAAGAGGAAGAGGAAGAAGAAGAAGAAGCAGAAGAAACACUCGACUCGUCCGGCGAAGAACCGAGGUACUGCUACUGCCAGCAAGUAAGUUACGGGGAGAUGGUGGCGUGUGACGCAGACGACUGUCCGAGAGAGUGGUUUCAUCUCGAGUGUGUUGGGUUGGGGAGGGCGCCAGGGAGGAAUGCCCGGUGGUUUUGUGAGGAGUGUAAGGAGCGGUUGAAGGUUGCGGGGAAUGUGGCAGGGGGAGGGACUGGGCUGGUCCACGGGCAGGCGUUGCAAGUGAAUUGGCACCUCCGUACGCUGUUUGCUACUACUUGGGAGUCACGCGAAGAAGAUCGGACAUCCGGAGGGAGUUCACGAGAGGAAGAAGAGGGGAUCACUCGGUUUUGUCGGUGCCUUUGA